UAUAAAUAAAUGGGGGGAAAAAACUCUAAUUCCUUAUAAAAAUGAUGUUUCAUUUAUUCAUUUUAAACAAAAUAAUGCUUUUCUUUCCUUUUUGGACCGGUUUUGUCAUGUCCGAGCCGAUGUUUGCGUCCAUGAAAGCAUCGUCGGUUCCCGUGAUGACGUCAGACUGUACCGUUCGGGGCGGGGCAGGCAACCGGAGUCUGGAAAACCAUGUAGCGGUAUGAGGCACGCGCCCUCCCACGACGUCCUCCGCUGACACCCGGUCCACGCGCGGAAACCAAAUCAGCGGCCCCGGUGUCCGCGUGCCCCCGUGGGGCGUUUGCGUCACGCCCUCUGGGCUCCGUUUGUUGUCUUUUCUCAUUCUCCCGUGAUGACUCGCUAAAGCUAGCUAGCUGUGGACGCUAGUUUUGAUCUAAAAAGUGGGUUCGGGUUGUGGGUUGAAUUCCCCACCGAGCUGACGCCCAGAGGGUUCAUAAUCCGGGUGCCGGUGGGUGUUCGGGUGUCACUCUCCUGCUCCUGAGCGCGAACAAAACGCUCCCGCCUCGUCGUUCGACGAUGCGUUCAUGGACUCGUUCAUUUCUUAACAUGUUUACCUGUCUGUGAACGUUGGAGUAAAGACGGGUCCGUGAUGCUGCCGGGGACCGGAGCGCCGGUUUGACAGCUCCAGGUGUGUUUGUUGUUUUGAUCAGGCUGCCCCGGCUGGGCGGGGCCAAGGUUUCUAUCUUCUCUACAUCACGUUGGGACUGUGAGGGUGGUGGGGAAGGCCUCGCACCCCACCCUGGUCAGGCCCCCCCACCCAUGGACAAACAGGGAUCCACCAGUAAAGCCAGCGGGCUGAAACCUCCCAGCAAAAUAGUCCGACCGUCUGGAGUUCCACAGAGAACGUCGCCGUCAUCCAACGCUUCAAAGACCCUUCCUCCUGAGAAACCCCCCUCCACCGGCGUGACAUCCCCAACUCAGGAUGCCAAUCCCGACUUUCAGACCGGAGACCGGGUCUGGGUCAACGGCAACAAGCCCGGCUACGUUCAGUUUGUUGGAGGCACGCAGUUCGCGCCCGGCCAGUGGGCGGGCGUCGUGCUGGACGAGCCGAUCGGGAAGAACGACGGGUCGGUGGCAGGCGUCCGGUACUUCCAGUGUGAGGAUGGGCGGGGCAUCUUCACCAGACCCUCCAAACUGUCCAGAACUGCACUGCCGGAGAAAGAGGAGAACGCGAGGCAGCCCAGCCCCGCUCAAGGCGGCGCCGCCACCAACGAGUCGGCGCCAGCUGGCUCCGGCUCAGCGGCUCAGGGAGCCGGCGUAAAGUUGAGCGCUCUACACCGGAUGGCGGCCUCCACGGAGUCCGUGUCCAACACAUCCGACCCAGACUCCCUGAAGAAGAGCAGGCGGGAGCUGCGGCUGGGAGACCGCGUGCUGGUUGGCGGCACCAAGGCGGGAGUGGUGCGCUUCCUCGGGGAGACGGACUUCGCCAAAGGAGACUGGUGUGGAGUGGAACUGGACGAACCUCUGGGCAAGAAUGACGGCGCCGUCGCCGGGACCAGGUACUUCCAGUGUUUGCCGCGGUUCGGCCUGUUUGCGCCGGUCCACAAGGUGACGCGGAUCGGUUUCCCCUGCACCACCCCCACCAAGGCCCUGAGGUCGGGGAGGAGAUCCACGCUCAAGAGGAGCCCCAGCGCCUCCUCCAUCAGCUCCAUCAGCUCCGCCACCUCCUCCAUCAGCGGCAAACCCAGCCGGGCGGGACUGCUCACAGAGACGUCGGCCCGAUAUGCCCGUAAGAUUUCGGGCACCACGGCGCUGCAGGAGGCCCUGAAGGAGAAGCAGCAGCACAUCGAGCAGCUGCUGGCCGAGAGGGACCUGGAGCGGUGCGAGGUCGCCAAAGCCACCAGCCACGCCGGGGAGGUGCAGCAGGAGAUGGUCCUGCUGAGGAAAGGCCGGGAACAGUAUGCCGUGGAGAUGGAGGCCAAGCUGGAUCAGCUGCGCUCGCUGGUGGAGGCAGCAGAUCGGGACAAGGUGGAGCUGCUCAACCAGCUGGAGGAGGAGAAGAGGAAGGUGGAGGACCUGCAGUUUCGGGUGGAGGAGGCCUGCAUCACCAGAGGAGACCUGGAGACGCAGACCAGGCUGGAGCAUGCCCACAUAAAGGAGCUCGAGCAGAGUCUGCUCUUUGAAAAGACCAAAGCUGAAAAACUCCAGAGGGAUUUAGAGGACGCUAGGGUGGCGACCGUGUCGGAGCGCUCCAGGAUCAUGGAGCUGGAGCGGGAGGUGGCCGACCUGCAGCUCCGUCUGCGGGCGUCCCAGCAGAAGGAGGACGCCGCGUCUCUGUCGCAGCAGCAGAUCGGCAGCCUGACCUCCCAGGUGCAGGCGCAGGAGAAAAAGAUCAGUGAGCUGAGCGUGGACCUGGAGAGCAAACAGAAAGAGCUUCAGGCUGUGCAGAAAGACAAGAACUCUCUGGAGGAGCUGCUGUCCAGCCUGAGGCAGAAGCUGCAGGUCCAGGAGGAGGAGAUCCGGCAGGCGGCGAGGAAGGCUGAAGGGCUGGAACGCUCAAAGAAGGAGCUGGAAACCCAGAAGGAGGAGAGUCAGACCAGAGAGACGGAGCUGAGAGGACAGCUGACACAGGCUCAGGAGAGGUCAGAGAAGGCGGGUGAGUCGCUCACGCAGCUGACCGAGGAGAAGAAGAACCUGGAGAUGGAGCUGGAGGCUCUGAAACAGCAGAACUCCAAAUACCAGGAGGAGCUCCAAGUGUCCAAGGAGCGGAGCAGCUCGGAGAACCAGCGGAUCGGAGUCCUCUGCAAGGAGAUUGAAGAGCUGAAGCUGGCCUCCCACAAGCACCACCGCGAGCACAACGAGGAGCAGAACUGUCAGCAGACAGACAUGAAGACCAGAGGAAUCCUCUCCAGCCGAGACUCAGAAAGAGACGUGAACUUCCAGACGUCCACGGCAGGCUCGGACAAAGACAGGGAGCUGGAGAUUCUUCGGAAUGAGAUCGAGGUUCUGCGAGGAGAGAACGCCAUGACCAAGACGCUGCAGUCGGCCGUGGAGACGCUGGAGAAGGACAAAGCGCAGCUGCAGGGCCGUGUCCGCAGCUUAGAGCAAAGGCUGAUGGGAACUCAGGGCUCCGAGGGAGAGGAAUGUGAAGCUCCAUCCUCAGGUGAUGCGGCGCUGCAGCGGCUGAGGGAGGAGAAGGAGUUCGCCGAAGGACAGAUCAACUUCCUGAACAGCGUCAUCGUCGACCUGCAGCGGAAAAACGAGGAGCUGAAGAUCAAACUGAAGAAGCUCGCUCUGGCCGAGUUCAAUGGAAACGACGGAACGGACGGGCUCGGCGAGGGCGUACCGAAGCGUGAGAAGAAGGCGACGCCGCGCCUGUUCUGCGACAUCUGCGACUGCUUCGACCUCCACGACACCGAGGACUGCCCAACUCAGGCGCAGAGCCCCGACUCCGUCCCUCACUCCACGUACCGCGGAAACCCCGCCAACGAGAGGCCCUACUGCGACAUCUGCGAGGCCUUCGGUCACGCCACCGAGUCCUGCAACGAUGACCAGACCUUUUGAGGCGUUCCCCACAAUCCCCCAGAUACGUCCAAAAUGUAUUUUUAUACCAUAUUUAUGCACAACAGUAGCCACUGUCCGGGUCUGAAGCGGAUGAAAUGCAGAAUGCUCAUCCAAAUAUGCUGCUUAUGUGCAAUAUUGAUGUUUAUGACACUUUUGGUUUGUUUCCAGCAGAAGUCACACCUGCUGCUUUUACGCUUUUAUUGUUGUAGGCAACAAAGUGAUGCAACACAAGCGAGCACAACUAAAGGGAAAAUGAGGAUGUUCACCUCAACACUGUGGACUGUUUUAUUAUUCAGUCUAGGAGCUGCUCUGAGGGAAUCUACUGACCACUGAAGAUAACUCAAUAAUUACAAAACACCUGAAACGUACACAUAAAUACUGUAUAUCAAUCAAGA